AUGCCGUCUACCCACCCACUCCUAGAGAGAGAGAGAGAGAGACAGACAGACAGAGUGAGAGAGCACGGAGAGGCGCUGUGCUCAGCUCUCAGUUGUCUGUAGCUCCUUUGCCAGACAGAAUCCACCAUCACACUCUCCCAAAUACAUUCAGUCUCAGCGUAUGACAGCUGCCGACACUCUUUUGUUUAAUUAUUUCUCUCUGUCUCUCUCUCUCGCUCUCUCUCUCUCUCUUUAUUUUUUAUUUUUAACAAACCAGCUUGUCGGAGGCUGGCUUGCAGCUGGAGAGGGUGACUGGAUAAUGGAAUGGAACCUCAGAAGGAUGGAGAGUGAACUGAGACACAUCAACCCGGACUUGCUGCAGCCCAGCAAGAGCUUCAAGAAACCCUCUUCAGGCACCAUCACCCUAAAUGUAGGCGGGUUCCUCUACACCGCCCACCGAGUCACGCUUUCCAAGCAUCAGGGUUCCUUUCUGGAAGAGCUGGCUAAUGGCAAAAAGCCAGUUCAGCACACUGAUUCCAUGGGCAAUCCGUUUAUCGACAGAGAUGGUCCAGUGUUUCGACAUGUGCUCAACUACCUCCGAACCGGAGAGCUCCAACUGCCUGAUGACUUCCGGGAAGCGGGGCUUCUCCGAAGGGAGGCUGAUUUUUACCGUUUGAGUGAUCUGGUGGAAGCCGUGGCCGACUGGGAAUGCCAGAGGGCAACCCAGCGGGAGCCCGCAUUCCUGGAGAUGACAGAUAGUCACGAGAGGUCUCAGGGCCUAAAGGUGUACUGCAGCGAUCCCACCUUCAUUGAAAAGGUCAAAGUGCGGCUGGUACAGAUCUCCAAGAGCCGUCUGGAUGGUUUUCCAGAAGAAUUCGAGGUGUCGUCCAACGUGAUUCAGUUCCGAUACUUCAUUAAGUCAGAACCAGGCUCAAGGCUUGUACUCAAGGAGGACAGCACCUUCUUGUGCACCCUUGAUUGCUUAAAACUGGAGACAGUGAUGCUAGCGCUGAGAGCGGGCUACAAGCUCAUCACCAGCCUCGACAGCAGCAAAGGCUCCGUGGUGGCAGCGGAGGCCCUGCACUUUGUAAAGUAAGACCGAGCAAAAGAAAGACUGGGGUGCAGCUCUGGAAGAAGAAAAUCGUGCCUGAUUCUGUAUCAGUAACAGGUGAAAAACAGGUGGGAUGGACUGUAUGACUGAACGUUUUAAUCUGCACAAAGUAGGCUUGGCUUUGGCAACUUGGGUGAUCCUUAAACUAUUUUCAGCUUUUUUGGUCUGACUGACUGUGCACCGCCUCGUUAGCUGGAAACAAGAGAAGUCAUAUAAACACAGAUCAACGUUGCAUUUCCAACAUGUUGAUGGAUCUCAUUAUGGGACAAAUCAUAAAGGAUCUCAUCAUUCAUGAUAUCAAAAGAUAUCAUAAAGAAUAACACCAGAAUUGGACAGAAAACAAUGCAGUAAAUUCUUGCAAAGAUCAAGGGACUGAACUGAAAAUUCUAACAAAUUGUCUACAGCUUUAUCAGUGGAUCUGCCUCCGCACACAAGUUGCUUUGUCAAUGAAUACUCAAGCCUUCACAACCAGCCUUGAUGUGCAUUCAGCUUUUAUGAGUCUGUGCAGGUGUGCAUUGUUUGUUAGCUGUGCAUUGUGUUUAUUGGUUUAUUAGCUUUGGUAGAGUUAGUUCAUUAGCUGCCCCACACCCUGAAGGGAGACCUGGAUCGGGCCGUUAUGAACGGACUGAUGAAAUAACCAAACCACACAGGAGAAAACAGAACUGCUUCUCCGAGCUUAACAGAUGAGUAGACGUGGUGAACUGUGAUUAUUGUGAGGGUUUUGUAUCAAGCAUGAUGCAUGUGCACUAAAUAAACUGUAUGUGAGUGUGUGUGUGUGUGUGUGUGUGUGUGUUAGUGCCGUGAGCCUCAGUGAAGCAGUGCCAUGUGAAUGCAAAUGUGAUAAUUUUGCAAAUAAAGGCAAUUCCUGCUCAAUAGACAA